GAAAGAAAUAGCAUAAACAUAAUUCAAACAAACAAAAUAAGUAAAAAAUGUAAAGUUUCCUCUCCCAAGAGCGACAACAAACUGACAAAAAAAGAUGGUCGGGGAUUGAUUAGUUAUGACUGACGAUUGAAGGAUUCAACUGCCAGACCAGUGCAGUCGAUCCAGAGCAGAGGACUUGACGGGAUUGACAGCCUGCAGGGCGGCGGAAGUUGCCCGCAUCCUCAUCAGUAAACUUAUGGGUCUGUUUUGUGCUCUGUAGAGAGGAGGGUUUGGGGUCCAUGUCCUCCACUUCUGUGUCAACAUCUGCUGGUUGUUGUGGUGGUGCUGAUGCAGCAGCUGCCAUGGCAACGCAGGCGUCUGAGCAGGCUCUGUUGGCCUCAGACCGCUACGCUAGACUCAUCCUGGCCCAGAUGAACAAGAUGCGGCUCCGCAAAGACUUCUGUGAUGUGGGACUGAGGGUGGGCAGCCGUGUCUUCAGGGUCCACCGGCUGGUGCUCGCUGCCAGCAGCCCCUACUUCUCUGCUCUGUUCUCCGGGGGGAUGAGGGAGGCAGAUAAAGAGGAGGUGCAGAUCCUCGGAGUGGAGACUGAAGUGUUUGAGGUUCUGCUGGAUUUCAUAUACACAGGCGUCAUCAGUGUGACCGUGGAGAACGUUCAGGAGCUGAUGGUGGCAGCAGACAUGCUGCAGCUGAAUGAGGUGGUGUCUAUCUGCGGAGAAUUUCUCAAGGGCCACAUGGACCCAUCCAACUGUGUGGGCAUCUUUCAGUUCCUGGAGCAGAUCGCCUGCAUGGACAUGUUGGAGUUCACUGAGAACUAUAUCCAUGUUCACUUCCUGGAGGUGUGCGUUACCGAUGAAUUCAGGGGCUUGUCGAAGGAUCAGCUGGUGAGGCUUCUAAGAAGCGAAGAGUUGAGAAUUGAGGAUGAAUAUCAGGUAUUCACCGCAGCCAUGGACUGGGUUCUCCAAGAUGUGGCAAAGCGGAAAAAACACAUCGUUGAGGUGUUGGAACCGGUCCGCUUCCCUCUACUUUCCCCACAGAGACUGUUCAAGUACAUAGAAGGUAUUACUGACUUCAGCCUGCGGGUGGCACUGCAGACUCUGCUGAGGGAAUACACUGAAGUCACGAAGUCCCCCAAAGAAAAUAAGAUGUACAGUCAGCUACAACCAGCCAAGAUGAGACCUAGAAGAAAAGCCAGGAAAUACCUCUAUGCCAUAGGAGGCUACACUCGGCUGCAGGGCGGCCGCUGGAGCGACAGCCGGGCGUUGAGCUGUGUGGAGCGCUUUGACACCUUCAACCAGUACUGGACCACCGUGUCCUCCCUGCACCAGGCCCGCAGUGGGUUGGGGGUCGCGGUACUGGAGGGCAUGAUCUACGUGGUGGGGGGGGAGAAAGACUCAAUGAUUUUUGACUGCACAGAGAGAUAUGACCCAGUGACCAAGCAGUGGGCUGCUGUGGCGUCUCUGAAUUUUCCUCGCUGUGGAGUUGGCGUCUGCCCCUGCCAUGGAGCUCUGUAUGCACUUGGUGGUUGGAUUGGCUCUGAGAUUGGGAAGACCAUGGAACGCUACGACCCAGAGGAGAACAAGUGGGAGGUCAUCGGCAGCAUGGCGGUGCCCCGCUAUUACUUUGGCUGCUGUGAGCUACAAGGGUUCAUUUAUGUAAUCGGAGGAAUCAGUGACGAAGGAAUGGAGCUGCGUUCAGCCGAGGUGUACGACCCCAUCUCUCGCCGCUGGAGCGCCCUCCCCGUCAUGGUUACACGUCGAGCCUAUGUGGGCGUCGCCUGCCUCAAUAACUGUAUUUAUGCCGUGGGCGGCUGGAAUGAGGCACUGGGUGCACUGGAGACAGUGGAGAAGUACUGUCCAGAAGAGGAGAAAUGGUUGGAGGUGGCCCCAAUGUCGACUGCCCGCGCCGGGGUGUCUGUGUCAGCAGUUAACGGGCUGCUGUAUGCUGUCGGAGGAAGGGCUGCCAGCAGAGACUUUUCCGCCCCAGUGACGGUGGACUCUGUGGAGAUCUACGACCCUCACCUGGAUACCUGGACUGAAAUUGGCAAUAUGAUCACAAGCCGCUGUGACGGCGGGCUGGCCGUGCUCUGAUUGCCAGGAAUAAUCAAAACUGUGAACGUGUGAAUCAUCCCAAAACGGCAUGAACUGAUGAAAAGCUGCACCUUAAGAAACACAAGAGCGUGUCUGUGUCACAAGCAGGCGUUCACAUUAUCAUAUACGUUAUUUAUACAUGGAUUAGACAUGUUUUUUUUUUUUCUUUAAUUGUCCAUCACAUUUGACAUCCGUUAUUUAAGUUGAGCACAACUGGAAAACUGCCAAAACUGCUUCCGCUUACACUGUUUGAUGACUCGUCUGUUUCUCGAUUUUCAAUUCACUAAAUGAUUUUACAAGAAUGUCAUGAAUGAGGGGCGACACUUAUGUUCCUCUCUUUUGUAUUUGAAGACAAAGUGAUCUUGCGAUGAGGAUCAUUUUUCACAACAGAGGAACUCUGAUUUCGAUGGACUAGAGAGAUGUCAGAGUCCUGUUGGGACUGUUGACAUUAUUCUCAGAUAUGAUGUGAAAGCAGUUUUUUUUUUUUUUAGUGUAUUUAAAGAAAGGUUUGAGGUGUGUGCAUUGCUACUUUGAAGAUUUAUCAAACCACUUGAGCCUAUUUAACGAUGGAACCAAAUGACACUCGUUGGUGUCUCAAGUUUCAUGGUAAGUGAUUUCUGUAAAUAAUUAUGAACUCAAACAGCACACCACUGUUAUCGCACCAGCGCUGUGAUCACUGGAUUAUUUUUGUAUCUAUGAACACAAUAGAGUCUUCAUUUCAUUUACAUUUCAGCUUCCUAAUGUCGAGACACACGAGACAAUUAUUGAAGGACAAUGCACGUUUACCUUGUUUACAUUAGGUACCGGUAACGUUGUAAUGUUUCGUCUUUGUAUCGUGGCACAUCAGGUUAACAAGCUGAGUGGAACUGCUGCACAGUAACAGUAUUGCCUAUCAUGUACUGUUGCCCCUUUACAAACAACACAAUAUUAACAUUACACAACAGGAAUAACAUCUUUUAUCUGUUGCUUUUCAGACCUAAUAAACUUCACAUAAUAAGA